AUGGCGGCUCGCGAAUCUGGGAGAAUUAAAGAUUCUUAUCAGAAAAGAAUUCUUGACGAUGCGUCUCGUAAACGAAGACAGAAAAAAGCACUCGAGGCAUUGGAACAGGAUAAUUUUCACGAAGAUCCUCACGCUGAUUUAGUGAUGAGUAAAAAAGCGCCUAAAUUUCAAGAGACACUGGAGAGUAGAAAUUCGAGUCGAAAGAAAAAAACACGAUCGGCUGAUUAUUAUAAACAAAGAUUUCGAAAAACUUUUGCUCAAUUAGUUGAGGAGGAUUUAAAUUAUAAUCCAACUGCACCGAAUUACUCUACUGCUCGUGCACCAGCGUCAAAAUUUCCCGAAAGACAUUUUUGUGCUGUUUGUGGAUUUCCAAGUAAUUAUACUUGCAUUCCAUGUGGAGCAAGAUAUUGCUGUACAAGAUGCCUUGGAACGCAUCUUGACACAAGAUGUUUAAAAUGGACUGCGUAAAAAUUCAUUAAGCCCCUCAUUUUUAGAUUUUAAAUAAUAUAAUUGAUUAUUAUUAAUAUUAUUAUUACUAUUAUAGUUAAUUAUUAAGCAAAUCGUAUCAUAAUGUAAAUAAUCUAAAAUUUAUCACAAAAAAUACUGAUUCCCAAUAAAUGAUUUUUUUACACGAAAAA